CGACGUCACACGACGAAAAAUGCUGUAGGCUUAAAGGUAGAAACAAUGGUUUCGUCAUUUUGCUUUUCUUCAGCGCGUCUUUGCAGUGUAAUUAUUGGAAUGGAGACGAACGCAUCUUAAAUAAAUAGAAGAAUAAAGAAGCAUAUUUGUAAUUUAAAAAAUAUAUAAUGGCAAGCAGAAAAAGAAGUUUAUUGCCUGAUGUAUAUAAACAGAAGAGAAGAUGUCUAAUUCCUGUCAAUAAGGAUGUUAGUGGAGAGUUGGUGAAUGAGCAUGCCUGGGAUGUACCAACAGAUACUAAAGCAUCCCUGUUAUUUCUGAAAAUAAGUUUUCCACAAGAGAAGUUUGAAGAUCGUAUUCCACCUAUAGUCAUGAAGCAUCAGUUAUACAGUAUUAUACAUAAUCGCACAAUUGUUGAUAAACAUGUGAAUGAUCUGAGAGAAAGUGGAGAUGUGAAGUUAUUUCGUCUAGGAGCCGACGCAGAUGAAUCAUGUAUAGUAUUUACAGAAGAUUAUCAGAGGCAUUGUUUACGGGUUAUGGCAGAUUUAAAGAUAGAUCAAGCCAUUAUAGAUAAGUUUACAGAGACAAUAGUUAAAAAAUGUAAAGAUAUUAGUUUAGAUAAAGAAACAUUAAUAAAUACAUACUUAUUUACAGACAAAGAAAUCACAGAACUCAUCAAAUCAUCUGUUUUAACAGUACGAGAUGUGGGUUCAUGGUGGUUAGCUAUACCUAAUGCUGGUGUUUUUAUGAAAAGUUUUGUAAAAGGCAGAAAGUUUAUAUUGACGAUGCUGAGAAAAUGUAAAUACAAACAAGUCUUACAAAAGGAGCUAGAACAAAGAAAAUGGCCCAAAUUAGCUCGUUUAGGUAUAAUGUACCAUGUUAAUGAUAUUAUUGGAGCAGAUCUAGUUGUCAGAGUUCAGACGACUUCAGGGGUUUUAUUAAGAUUGAAAGAUUGAAUAUAGAGUUGUGAGAGAGUGAUUGGAGAUAGGAAUACAUGUUGAAAAAAGUUACGUGCUCUUGGAAAUGAUGAAAAACAAUUCAUUAAGAAAAAGAUCAAUUUGUGUUUAAAUGUAUAUAUGAGUUGCACAUUCAUGUUCUGUUUUAAGAUUAUUUUAAGUUAUUUGUUUACAAGAUGUAAACUUUAAGAAGUAUAUAUAAGCUUUGCCAAAGUUAAUUUAUCUUUUUUGCAUUUUGAAAGGAGAAGAGAAUCCUACUUUUAUUUUAUUUAUUAUGUUGAAAGUACUGUGAUAUUAUGGGUCUUAUGUUAUGGUUGUGUGAGUGUUUUGAAUCAUGAUACUAUUACCUGCUAUGUAGGUUCAGUGCUAUGCAGUAAAAAUAAUUCAUUAUAUAUAGUAUCCGUACCCCUUUCUCUAUAUAUUGUAUAAAGUAUUGUCAGUGAAAGUUGGUGCCAGUCAAGGUUCGUAACAUCCCUUUACCACUCAUGGUGUAAAAUAGCUGAAUAAUGUUGGGAGGUAGGUCUCUGUACUGAAAAUUUGCUCUAUUUGGGCAUCAUGUGUUAGGUAAAGAGCUCAGAGUUUCAGAGAGUUAAUAGUCGGGCUUUACUUGCAUCCUAGUGACUGGGUAGAAAUUGGGUCAACUGAUGUUGAUCAAGCGCAGUAUAAAUGUACACAAUAUAAAUUCAUUGUCAACACAAUCAUCCAGACAUCCCAUGAUAUUUAGCUAUUCUGGGCCAUCGGUAAUAAUGUUAUGGACCAUGGUUAAUCCAGUAUUAACAGUUUAUUGUUGCCAACCUUGUACCUCAGACUACUCCUCGGCCCUCUGCUAUGUUUGCUCCUCUCUAUAAGAAUGAGGCUACAAUUCCAUAUUUACAAUGUAUAAGACACAAUGAGUUGGUCAUCCUUUCUUUAGUCUGUUACUUCAUUUAGUCUCUGGUAACCAGAUCUCUCAGUCCCUGGUAACCAGAUCGUUCACUCUCAGUACCUGGUAACGAAAUCCAUACCAUAACACACGUGAUGGUAAAUUGUUAUACACUUAAAGAGGAUGCUUGAUUGUCAGUCAAGAAUUGACAGAACUGCAAUCGAGUGACACAGAAUUUAGUCAGACUUCAGUUCUGUCAGCUCCAACAUCUGAGGUGGUGGAGUAGAAUCUUGACGUACUUAAACACAACGAAUAUGUUUCAGACGUCUGAGGUGGUGUGAGUAGAAUCGUGACUUUCUCAAACACAACGAAUAUGUUUCAGCUGUCAUUGUUGGUUGAGAUAUUUUCCUAUGAAGUCAGUGGAUGUGUUGUAGCUCGAAACACGCCUUUUUACUCCAUUGUCACUAUUUCUGGGAUUGAGACGAUUCAAUUCCAGAACGUUCAAUCAAGGAUCCUCAUUCAUAGGUUUACCAAACUUUUUAGCCUACAUGGUGUUUAAUCGUGGUUAUCUAGUUAUGCAAAAUAUUUAGUUUCAUCCUUACCAAUAGUAAACAAAAUAGUUGUGGACCCAGGAAAUGGCCAAGUUUUCAAUCUCUGUACUCGAAACUACAUUAUUGCUGCCAUAUUUAUUAAAACUGUAAACUUUAAUUUUAUAUAUUGUAUAUUGAUACUGGUUAAUUAUAUUUUCCUGGUUGAAUUUUGAUAUGUAACUAAUUUUUAAUAUAAUUGAAUAUAUGUUUCCACAAUGGUCACAGGUAUGUAUGACUAAAUGUUUAUGUUAUGGUGUUAAAAGAAAGAUUUUUUUGUUUUUAAAAGCAAUAAAUUAUUUUCAU